CCAGCUGGUUAAAUAGUCCGCUCAGAACUCGAGUAUAUAGUCUGUUUAUAUAGGUCAUUGCGUUUAGUCAAAAUGAGACCAUUGAUUGCUUUGUUGCUGUUGAUAACUGCUGGGGUCUGUACCCUGUCAGAUGCCACACCUCGUCCCUAUGAGAACUAUUCGGUGUACAGGGUUUAUAUUAAAUCUCCCUCAGACCAACAGGUUAUCGAUGAACUCCUGGAGCAGACAGAUGAUUAUAACCAAUGGCGCCGUGGGUUGGAAGAAUUCGAUAUCAUGGUCAGCCCUAGGGCACAGGAAACUUUCCUAAAUGUAAUGCAAAGAAAAGGUAUCUCUGUGAAAGUUAUAAUCAAAAAUGUUCAAAGACUUAUAGAUGAACAGGGACAGUGA